GAGGGAAUGGAAACACAUCCACCCUGCAUUCAUAUUAUAACAAAAUUAAAGGGUAAGAGAGUUAAAAAAAUGUCAGAUUAAAUUUAUUCACAUAUUGUCUAAAUAUACCUCUGCAUGGCACUAUUGUCUUAGGCGGAUGAACUGAAACGUCGCUAUCUGAUAUUCUCGCGCGACUGGCGGGUAGUUGCCGCGUUUUCGUGUUUGCCGCCAACUCUGACAGGAAUUAAAAAUCCCAACUUUGCAGACUUAACACAAGGUUGAAAAGAAACGUUGCAUGUAUAAUAUUUUUGUAUGUUUUUUGUUGCUACACUUCAUAGCGUGUAUUUUACACGUAGGCAAUUCGUCCCAUAAACGUCGAAGUUUGACCGCAUAAUAAGGUAGGCUACAUUUCUUAAAGAACGAUUAUGUUGAAUACAAUUAAUAAAUUGAAGCGAAUUACUAUAGUGAAUUACUAAAUACUAAUUUCCAUACCUUAAAAGCACAUAAUUGGUAGAAUAAGAUAUUUAACAUGGUAACUCCGGUGUUCAACAGCUCAUAAAUAUUAAACAACCUGCAGAGGGCGCACUCCUCAUAUCUUUAUCUGAACGUUUGCUUUGGAUCCUGCUUUGGUUAUCUUAACAAUAUUCAGCUAGUCCGUGAAAAUAUAUAUUCAGUAUAUCCAAUUCUAUUAUCCUAUAUGUUUUCAUAGCCUUCGUCUAAAAGGUGUCAGUCAUUUUCACACAGAUGCCAUGUAUUUCUACAAUGAUUAAAAAAAACGUUGACAUAUAUGAAAUCAAGUGUUGUGAGGGAUGGACAGUCAGGUUGCCCAGGUUUUUGGACAUAUGAAAUUAUUGUGCAAAAGAAUAAGGACAUACCCUUCUUCAGGGCAUAGGGUGAAUAACCCUGUCAAUGUAAGACAAAUGGCUGACCCGUACCAUUAAUGGAAGGUCGAGAGCAGGCAUCUACACAUGCAUAUGCUCUUGUGUAGUGACACAUUGGAUUAGUGGACCUGUCAUGCGGUUAUAAAGGCUUUUUGAUUCAUGAGCAACAGGAAGUUCCCUGGACUGGUCAGUUGGCCUUCAUUUGUGUCCUGCGUCAUUUUAAUAAGCGAAAAACAGGGUCAACUGUCAAAAAUGAUUGAAAUGACAUUUUUGCUGGGAUGUGUGUAGCUGUUUAUCUGACAAGAAGCAAGGACAGUAUGCAGGGACCCUUUUCAAACACACACUGAGGCUACGUUGUAUAAGGGAUUGGUUUUUAACAGGUUUCGUGCCAUGACCAAAUUUGUUAAUUUGCACAAAAACACUUUGAUUGAAUGCCACUAACCAAAAGUUAUAUACAGCAUUUUUGCCGCUGUCUGACUGAAGGUUUGAAUCUCCAAAACCGGCACUUUACAGAAAAAAAAAAACUGCAUUUUUUUAAUAAUUCAUCUCUGUGUUGUAAUAUUUCACUGGAUAAAUAUUUGCAGAACCCACAGACAAACAUGAAUUGUGAACAAUAGUAAUGAUUAUGGGAAAAAAAUACAAAUCUUUCAGUCUGACAGUGACGUUUCUUUCCUCCCUUCCCAAACAUUUUGUGGUUCUUGUAUUAUUUUUUGAUUCAGCAUAUCUUCUGGACACCUAUUAAAGAUUCUGUGUGUAGAUUUUAGCGGCAUCUAGUGGUGAGGUUGCAAAUCGCAACCAAUGGCUUUGUUGGCCUCUCCCUCUGAGCAACAUGGCGAAUUCUAUGUGGACACGCUGUGUAUUCUAAGGAAAUAAAAAUAUAACUGUUCAUUACGUAAGGUCUGUAUACACCUCCGAAGACGUAGUUCAGUAUUUUAUGUUGUUUUUCUUUUCAAUAUAUCCUCCUAAUCUUACACAAUAUGCCUUUAAAGCAGAUUUGUGAUUUUUCUUUUGAUCACAACCACACGAUGUUAUGUUUAUUUUACAAGUUGUUACUUGUUUCCUGCUUAUCUCGUAACUGUCAUGAAAGCUUCAACGGGCUAUCAUUUACAUAUGUUAUUUUUUCGUAGAUACUGUUUGCACCCUAAUGAAAUAUUCAUUGCGAGUCUCUCUAUGUAUAUUAAAUGUUGCUUCAACAUGGUUCAUGUCAAAAACAUAAAUUUCAGGCUUUGAUAAAUACUAGAUCUAUUCUUGCGGUGCUUAUAUCAAAUGAAUUUGCAUAGUAAGUCCUUCACCCCAGGCUAUGUUUUCCUAAUAGUCAGAUAAGAUGUGCCGCACUGAGCCACAGUAUUUGGAUACUUUGUCUUAGACCGCUCUCUGACUAAGAGCAAAAAAACACAGACAGAUAGUCCACAGGUGUGGCUGCGCAUAUGGAGUCCAAGCUCAUUCCACCUUGCAGACAGCCAUCUGGCCAGCACAAAGAGAUACUUCAGACUGUAUAAUCAUUAAGUUAGUCCAGUUGUCUGCUCCUCUGUCGUUGCAAUCCUUGUGAAAAUCCCUUUCCUUAUUAAAGUGAGAAUAUCAACUAUGUUACAGUUGAAUGUUAAUAAUUCAUUUGCAAUUAAUUCACCUGCAGUUUAAUGGAGUUGUCAAACCCUGUUAAGGUUCUAUUUUUGGGAACUAGAUCACCAGGUAGUGCCUGUGUAUCUAAAGAGCACUGAACACUCAUGACACUGAAAUAUUUAAAAGGACAAAAGAUACAUUCGUUCUUCCUUCUCCUUAGGGAAAUGCAUCUUGUUUGCAUUUGGGAAAACGUACCUAUACAAGCCACUUGACUUUCCUCUUAUCUCCAUGUAACCUGUUCAUAUUCAUUCACAACACGAUUUCAGUUCAUAAAAUGUCUGCGUUUGGUCUCCAGAGUAAUUGAUAAAGGUUGAACCCUGAACUGAAAUAAAAUGUUUUGCUUCGUGUAUAAGGGAUGAAGACAGAACAGCACUUCUACAUUCACAUGUAAGCCUUUCCUCACAAACGUACGUGUGCAUAAGCGUAUAUAUCACAUGUGCAAAUCUAGAGUGUACUUAAAAGUUCAUAAUUUUCUUAUAUCUACUAAUGAGAAUUGGAUAAGGGAUUAGAAAUGAGAAAAAUGAUCCUAAUCAUGGGUUUUAAAAGCUUUAGGAGUUCUGUUGUCUGAGGUGUGCGUAGUGACUAUCAAGAAGUUUUGUGUCCCUCGGUCAACGCUACAGCGAAGAAUCUCUCUGGAUAUUAAUAAAGCUUUAAGCUCUAUACGCAUUCACAGAUGAAUGAAGCAAGGGUCGGGGUAGAUCACUCAGUUGUCCUUUUUCUCUUUAUGGUCUUUUUUUCCGGUCCAGGUCUAUUAUCUGCAAAAUGAUUCCACUGAGAAUUUGCUACUGGGUUCGUACGGUCAUGAAAAACCUGGAAAAGUCAUUGCAUUUUAAAAUGGCUAUUUCCAGGCCUGGAAAAGUUUGGGAAAUGUUAAUAAAGCAAGAAAGUUUUAGAAAAGUAAUGGAAGUUUGUGCCACAAAUACCUGUAUAACAACGUAUGUUUAACUGUUUAUGUUUGUUUAAUCAUAUUUAAUGACACGACUAACCUUCCAAACGUAAUGUUAAUAUGCACCAACUCUUAACUCUCAGCUCAUACUUUUCCCAAUAGCACUUUAUAAAUAUGCGUUUUAUGGUAAAAUUUUCAGAUAUCACGUUACCGUAACGUACUUUAGCUGUAAAGUAACUUGUGUUUCAAACCCUUCUGAACAAUCAGAAAUUUUUCAUAAAUGUUACAACUGUUUUGAGAUCUGUUUUCAAGAUUUGAGAAAGUCAUGGAAAAUAGUUCCUGAGUCAUAAGGAGUACUGGUGCUUUUUGUACGGAGUACUGGUGCCCGUGGUGUUUCAUGGAUGAAGUUCAUGUGGGAUUGGAACAACAUAAAGUCCAUCUGAUGCAGCAUGAAGGUGGUAGUUUUCUGCCUUUGGCAUGUUAGCUGCUGAAGCUAAGACACCUGAUGGACCGGCAGCUUCCACCUGAGCCCUCAGGGACACUUGACCACACACCAUUUUUCCCCAGGUGCAUCUUGAACGUGGAGAGAUUUGGUAAUAGCCCUCCAGCUAAAGAGGACAAAACUGCAUUCGGAUCAACCUCAGACCUGAAGGACAGACAAGGUUGAAGGAUGUUGAGGGAUGACUACAAGUGUCAGAGACGGCGUCAGGGAGCGAGAGCAAGAGAGAGGGAGACAGACAAAAACAGAAAAGACAGAGACAGAGAAAGAAUCAACAGGACAGCUUGAAGCAUCUUGUAAGUCAGACCUGCUUUUCUCUAUAAGAAUGACAUGAGGCAGAAAGGCUUGAAAUGAAAAGACAGGGUUUGAAUUGCAGAAGUACCAAAUAAAAACAAUGUGGGAAGGACUGUCAGAAAACAACAGAGGGAGAGAGAACCAACAAUUUCAAAAGGAGAAAUAAACGAUUGGAUAAAUGCAUUGAGAAGGGGAUCAGGAUGGAGAGAGAGAGAGAAAAAGAGAGAAUAAAAGCAUGCGUAAAUGAGGAGAGGGGGGUGGAGGCAGGAUAAAUCUGUACAGCAUCAUGAUUAGGUAUCAGAAGCUUGUUCUGUGGUCUGGAGAGCAGAAGGCAGAUCACAUCAAACAGAUGAGGUGCGCAUCUGCUCUACAAACUGGACAAACAUCAUCUCUUAAUUUUGAAUUGAGUAUUUGUUUUGGAUUGCUUUCAUGAUCGCCUCAGUCCACAGCUCAACUCAAACUUUUUGGAUUUGGUUGGAGUGGCACCUGCGGAUUUAAAGGAUUCAGAAGUAAGCGAGCGAAGGAAAUUCAUUGCAACUAAUUGAAAAGCAUCUGUAUGGACUUCUUCCUCAAAAUCAGACCCCACCAACAAAACCAAAGGUCAGCUCCAGUCUUUCAUGUGAAUCUAUUUUAAUCAGCUGUACUCUCUUCUCAGCAUCAUCAUUCCAUCAUGAUUACUCCCCAAGGUUGGAGAACUGGGUUGGUUGUGACGGAGCGGGCGGAGGCUGUGGAUGAGCGGUCUGAUUGAGGGUGGAUGGUUAGUCCACCCCAGAACUCUCUCGCAUAAACGGCAUCUGUUUUUUGAGCUCAGAAACCCAGACUUGAUUCAAAAAAGAAACUUCGCUUGUAAGCGUAAUAUAUUACAAAUAUUGUAAUUUACCACACAGGUAAACAAGAUCCACGUGAGAUUCAGGAUUUAUAGAGUGAGACACAACCUUACACAUUCACACAGACGCGCAAGGGAGUCGCGGCACGCUCUUGAGCGCAGCUCCCCACCUGCUCUCGCACCUUUCCUCAGUCAGAGAUCACAACUGCGACUCUCCAGCUGCCUCUCAUCGCCGUCUCGAGCUGCUAACAGCUGCUUCGUCCUCUUUUUUUGGACACUUGUCUCUCUAUUUCUCACUCAGUCCCCAAUAGCUUUUUUCACUGUGUCAAUGACACCAUCUUCAGUUUGACCCUCUUUGCCAGGAAGAGAGAGAGAAAUGGCAUAAACACAGCGGGGUCUUCAGCUGCCACACAAGUAGACUCGCACAAGUGUCGAGAGAAGGUGAGCGAGACGGUGCGAAAGAUAGAAGAGGCCAAACGGAGGGAAGAGAGAAGACGGAGACAGGCAGCACAAGCAUGUACAGCUUGGGGUCGGGCUCGGAUGCAUUCAGACGGCACAGGCUGUAGGAGGCUGAAAUGGCCACUCCUCGAGGGUGUUGGGGUCCUUCUCUUCAACUCCUCGUCUUCGUCAAUCUGUUACUCAACGUGAUGCCUCCCUGCUGUGGCCGUCCGUUUUUCGUCCCUCCCUCGGUAAAUGUGGCUGUGGUUUUCAGCGGUUUGGCCCACCACAGCGAGAUCAAGGGCCGUCUGAGUCCAGAAAACUUCUUAGACAUGCCCUUGGAAGUGAACCCCAUCACCGUGCUGGUGAAUGACACAAACCCCAGAGCUCUUCUCACUCGUCUGUGUCAGACCAUGGCUGAAGAGAACCUUCACGGUGUGGUCUUUGAAGAUGACGUGGACUCGGAAGCCGUGGCACAGAUCUUAGACUUUAUCUCUUCCCAGACAUCUAUCCCCAUCGUGGGCAUCAGUGGAGGCUCUGCUGUUGUUAUAACUCAUAAGGCUGAAGGCUCGACUUUUCUACAGAUGGGUGCUUCCAUAGAGCAGCAGAUUAAUGCAAUGUUCAAAGUGAUGGAGGAGUACAACUGGGGUAACUUUGUGGUGAUCACCAGCUUGUAUCCCGGUUAUGAGACCUUCGUGGACUACAUACGGUCCUUCACAGACACCAGCUACUUCUUAUGGGAGCUGCAGGAUGUGUUGAGCUUCGAGAUGUCCGUGGGGUCCAAUGACAUCCGCUCACGCAGAUUACUUCAGCAGGUGGAUGCGCAGGUAUAUCUGGUGUACUGCUCGCAUGAAGAGGCUCAGUACUUGUUUAGGAUGGCGUCGGAUGUGGGACUUCUGGGGCCUGGAUACAUCUGGGUCAUUCCCAGUCUGGCUGUGGGAAACCCCGAAGUGUCUCCACCUGAGAGUUUCCCAGUGGGGGUGAUCAGUAUUAUCACAGACCGCUGGAAGAAAACGUUACGUCAGAGGGUUCGAGAAGGUGUGGCGGUUAUUGUAAAAGGGGUGCACAGUUUCCACAAGUAUAGAGGAUUUGUUCCAGAGGGUAACAAUGACUGCAACAGUCCUGCCAAACCACAUACCAAUGAUUCCCUCUUCAGGCAUAUGCUAAAUGUUUCAUGGGAGCACAAGGAUCUCUCAUUCAACUCUGAUGGCUAUCUUACCAAUCCUUCCAUGGUGAUCAUCGCUCUGGAUCGAGAGAGACAAUGGGACAAGGUAGGCAGCUACGAAGGUGGGAUUCUGCAGAUGCGUUACCCCGUCUGGCCCCGUUACGGCAGCUUCCUGGAGCACGUGUCUGACAAUCGCCACCUGACAGUGGCCACGCUUGAGGAGAGGCCCUUUGUCAUCGUGGAGAGCGUUGAUCCUGCCACCGGCACUUGUGUGCGUAAUACCGUGCCCUGCCGUCGCCAGGCCAACAGGACCGAGAGUAUCACAGGUCACACAGAGCCGUACACCAAACUCUGCUGCAAAGGUUUCUGCAUAGACAUCCUGAAGAAGCUCUCGCGCACCAUCAAAUUUUCAUAUGACCUUUAUCUGGUCACCAACGGGAAGCACGGCAAGAUGGUUCGGGGCGUCUGGAAUGGGAUGAUUGGAGAGGUCUUCUACAAGCGUGCAGAUAUGGCCAUCGGCUCUCUUACGAUAAAUGAGGAACGGUCCGAGAUCGUAGACUUCUCCGUGCCAUUCGUAGAAACAGGGAUUAGUGUUAUGGUGGCCAGAAGCAACGGAACGGUCUCACCUUCAGCCUUUUUGGAGCCCUACAGUCCUGCCGUAUGGGUUAUGAUGUUUGUAAUGUGCCUGACUGUCGUGGCAGUCACCGUGUUCGUCUUUGAAUACUUCAGUCCAAUUGGCUACAACCGAAGCCUUGUCAGUGCCAAAGCCCCUGGAGGUCCCACCUUCACCAUUGGGAAGUCUGUCUGGCUUCUCUGGGGAAUUGUCUUCAACAACUCUGUACCUAUUGAAAACCCCAAAGGCACGACCAGCAAGAUUAUGGUCCUGGUCUGGGCUUUCUUUGCUGUCAUCUUCCUCGCUAGUUACACGGCCAAUUUAGCCGCCUUCAUGAUCCAAGAGCAGUACAUUGACACUGUGUCUGGACUUAGUGACAAAAAGUUUCAAAAACCACAGGAACAUUAUCCUCCUUUCCGCUUUGGGACGGUUCCAAACGGGAGCACUGAGAGAAACAUUCGGAGCAAUUACCCCGACAUGCACACCCACAUGAUAAAAUACAACCAGAAGGGAGUGGAAGAAGCUCUCAAUAGCCUAAAAACAGGGAAGCUGGAUGCCUUCAUAUACGAUGCAGCAGUUCUUAAUUAUAUGGCUGGCAAAGACGAGGGCUGCAAGUUGGUCACCAUUGGCAGUGGGAAGGUCUUCGCUACCACAGGUUAUGGCAUUGCUCUGCAGAAGGACUCCCGCUGGAAGCGCCCCAUAGAUCUGGCUCUCCUCCAGUUCCUGGGAGACGGGGACACGCAGAGACUGGAGACAGUAUGGCUCUCUGGAAUAUGCCAGAAUGAGAAAAACGAGGUCAUGAGCUCCAAACUGGACAUAGACAACAUGGCAGGUGUUUUCUACAUGUUGCUAGUGGCCAUGGGUCUCAGCCUGCUGGUCUUCGCUUGGGAACAUUUUCUUUACUGGAAACUCAGACACACUGUUCGCAAGUCUGAACACUUAGAUUUUCUGCUGGCUAUUAGUAGGGGCAUCUACAGCUGCUUUAACGGCGUUGAAGACAUCAGCAGAUCGGCGAGCAUACAGAAUCCAGACGUCACCGCCAAUUAUGCUCAGGCCAACAUGUUAAAAAUGCUUCGGACAGCCAAGGACAUCGUCUCCUCAACCAAGGUGGAAAACUCAUUGGAUAAUGCCACAAAGACCAUCGAGAACUGGAGCAGACAUGGCGGCAGCCUACCAGCGCGUAUCCCACAGGUGACCACCACUGAGAAAGCUCCCGGUCACUUCUCUUACAUCACCGAGAACCACAUACCUCAUUUACAGCAGUCCAUAACUCCACCUUUCGCUCAACAUGCCAAAACCACAAGCCCACCACCAAUGGUCAACCACAGAGUCCUAACACGGCCCACUCCUCUACGAUACACGCUUCCUGCCAGGACCAGGGGGUUGUACGACGGUAUGCUUCCUGUUUCCAGUCUUAGCACUCCGCAUCUUGCCAUGCAUGAUCUUCACUCAGAUCCGGCCCAUACUGGUUCUUCCUUCGUUCCUUAUAGAGAUCUACACGUGCCGGACAUCUACACCGAACACCACAGGCAGAAAAAAAGAGCCCAUAAUCUCCUCAUAGAGUCGAUGGAUUUGAGGGGUCUUCACGAUUAUAAAGACCACAUGACUCGCGCAGACGCAAAAGAUUUUGGUGAAAACAACCUCUCGUCUUUAUACAGUGAAAAUCCUUUCACAUCGGCUGACACGGCAUACAAUUCCUGCAUCAAAACGUACUUCGACCCUGUUCUUGAUAACAUACCAUUGAUAGGGAAACGAAAGCUUCAUCGAAGACCUUCGUUCCUAAAAGCCACUUGGGGUCCUGACAGAGUCUGGUUUCCUGGUGACAGACCGUCGGCCGCACCCUCCUCACGAGCAACCAUCCCAGACCUCUUCCCUUGCGUGGACGUACACGGACGGGUUAGAAAAAACACUUGUUUCGCCCAACCAGUGGAUCACACCUACCCUCACCCGUUCCGACGACAUACAAGGAAAACUCAGAAGCUAAGACACAGCCAGUCAACCAGGCUUCCGUCCUACAUGGAGGCAGUUUUUCACAAUCCAGCGGUUGUAAGGAGGGCCUCCAGCAUGGUGCAUAGACCCUACUCGUACCCAGAGCUGCCGAUCUAUCAGAGUCCACUGCCGUACGGACCAGCGGAGUUAUGCAACAUCUUCCCCUGCAUGGGACAUCCCGCUGACAAUGUUUCUAGAGGGUACAGGAUGCCCACACAUCUACAGGAUGACCAUUUAGUGCCUGUCCCAGGCAGCAGGGUGGUUCAUAGUAGCCCCAUUGUGCCCAUGUCAUGGGGGAGAAUUUCUAGUUUGGAAUCGGAAGUGUGAACUUAUCCGUACACCUGACAAUUAUAAACUUUAGCCCUGUGGUCGAGUCUUUUACGGACUAAUAAACCGAUUUAGGGUUUAAGGGUCAUUUCUGCAACACUAGAGUCACUAAAAGUGAUGGUUUUCAAACAGGAUUUCUGAAUGCUUCCCAUUGGUCGGAUCAUUACGCCAUAAACUUUGUGGAGCUGGUGUGGACGCUCAAAUAAACAGGCUAAUGUCCUGAUAGCACCACCGAGUCACAGUGUUUACGCUUUUCAUAGGAUUCCACCUACCUACCCCUAUUUGCCACAGCCUAGCUGACAUUGAAAAACUAGACACUUCAGCUUCAACACAAGCUGAAAUAUUAACCGUGUUACUAGCGUUGGUGGGGUUUUGUUUUUUGAUGAAUUCAUUUUUUAUUUAAAGUGCAAUAAUGUAAUCAUUGAAAAAGGAGGGAUUUGAGGGAACAAUGGCAACCUUUGAUUGGACAAACAACUGGACUGAAUAUGUUUGGUUAUUCUUAUCCCCAAAAAUGAGAUACAGUUAUUGUUUGACUUGGUGAAAGAUUUUCUUGUUGUUUUUUAAGAGAUUGUAGUAGAGACGAUUAACUUAACUAUAUAUCUGUAUCUAUAUAACACGUAAUGUGAUACAUUUUAUUUAUUUAAGUAAAUUUGGUAUAACACACAAUAUGUAUUCUCUAUGAUACAGAAUUUUGUAAACGACUAUUGUUCAAUAUUUUUUUACCAGCAGGGCUAUAUUUCUGUCUCUCAUCCGAUGCCUCGAUCUUCCUAUUCUCUCUAUUGGCUGCGAGUGGGCUUUUGAAGAAGAGCUGUUUGAAUGGUUCUCUAAUAUUAGCAUCAUCGAGGAUCUUCACACUUUAAUAAAUCACAAAGGCCCAUCAGUUAGUCCUUUGUAACCGCUGUCGUCUUUGGAUGGCUGACGGAGACAACCCUUUGAACACUGCCUUAUAUAUGCAGAACCAUAUUUUAGACGUCGCCGACUGUUUGACACAAACGGAAAUCAAAAUGUUACUUUAAUAAUGGUGAGAAUAUUGUUAAAUGUGAUGCUCGUAGAUCAGGUUUAGGCCGGUGGAAAUGGACGACUACAAUAAGCCUGUUUGACCUGCACACUGCACCUCACAUACCCACGAGGACGUCUGUAUGUGCCUCAAAAUUAACUUGUGAGUGUGAACGAGAGAGCGAGAAGGAGAGGAAAGAAUCCCCACUUCUGUCAGCUGGGAUUUAAGCUACAAUAUCUGAAUGUUUAUGAGCCUUUUGGCUUUUGAGGUUGUCAUGAGAGUCUCAUUAAACCAACUCUGUGGAGUGAUUAUCCAGAAGGACGCUCUACCAAAAAGUGUCUUUUACUUUAAGAAUUUCAUUAUGUUGGCUGUCUCUACCGCACGGCAUUCUUGUGACGUCCAAGGUGACCCAGGCUGUGGUAAUUAUGCUCUACGGUUUUUGUUAUCUACGAAAAAAGAGCCCAAUUUUCAAGCUUCCAGUGAGAAGCGUUUUAGAAUCCAAACAUCUAGUGCUUUCUUCAUCAUCUUUUCUUUGUUAUUGCUGUAUUGCAGUUUAUAGCACGUUGAUUUAAUCUUCAAUACUGCCAGUGCUCACCGAUAGAUUUAUGUGCGGUAGGAUAAUCAUACUUUUUUCAUAACAUUCCUGCCAGUUCUGUGACAGCUAAAAAGAAGCCUGGUGCGGAAUGACAUGCAUUUCAUUUUCAUAAAAACACAGGCACGAGGAGAGGCAGGCUAAAGCCAUCAUCAUCAUCGUGCCGGUCGUAUUCUGCAUGUUCCUGAAAAGCAUAUUAUUGAAUGAUCUUGCAAGGUGAUAAAUGAUUCAAUACAUGCAUAUAAAAACAUCAAGGCAGGCCGAGGAUCGUCCUCUGGAAGAAAUAAGCAGUAAUAUAUCAACGCCACAGGUAGCUGUGGUGAAAAAUGAAAUGCGUUUAAAAGUCAAGGGGGCUUGUCUCAUUCGGUAAUGAGAAAGAUGCAAUGGAAUGACGAGGCAGACGUGUUAUCCAAACAUUAAUAAUUCACCCGUUCGUUUAAAUGUGUCUGUUCAUUUUAAAUAUUGUGCCCUCCAGAAUAGCAUACGCACUUACAAAUAAGGUUUUCUUAAUGUUCCUUUGUUGGUUUCUGAGUAAGUUAUAUUGUUUUUUUUAUGUUGCAGUAUAGUUUCCAGGCUUUUAAAGCAUCAGGAAAGAAAUAGUUCACUCAAAAAUGGUCCCCAUUGACUUGACCAUGGUCAUUUAUAUUCCUACUAUGGAAAGCCAAGGUGAUCAUUUUUGAGUGAAAUAUUCCUUAAGUAUAUAGUGUUGUUUUCUUAAGAGCAAGAAAUUGUUAAAAAUGUAUAAGAGCUUGUAUACCUACGCACUUACAGACACACUCACAAUACGACGAUUACUCAUACCAACUGUGCCACGCCUUCAUACGGUUGCAUUUCUCUAAAGUGUCAGUUCAGGGGCUGUUAAUUGUCCCAGAUGCUGCUGGUCACCUUGAGCCAAGGGCUUCGCAGCUUAGUGGGAGAGGGGAAAGGUGAUGGAGGAAGACAGCGCAUAGAGGCUGGAGAUGUGACGUUCUGAAAAGACUAAUGAAUAGCAGAAUUAACUCAUUAACUCAUUGCUCGUAGGCAGCAAUAAACAUCUAAACAUAAACUAUUUAUGCUUUGUUCGGUCAUGAGCCCAAGUAUAAUGAAUUUAGUUAUAACAGUGGUUCUCAAACUGGUGGUCGGGGUCCCGAGUUGGUGAAAUGUGACCCUGAAAGCCAGGAUGAAGUUCAAAAGUUAAAUCACAAUCUAUUAUGACACUUGAAGCAACAAAAUUUUACAUUUAGGCAUUUGGCAGAAGCUUUUAUCCAAAGCGACUUACAUUGCUUUAUCCUAUACAUUUUACAUAGGUAUUUGCAAUCCCCUGGGAUCGAACCCACAACCUUCCGUUGUUACACAAUGCUCUUACCACUGAGCUACAGGAAAUAGGUAUAGCCUAUGUAAAAAAGGUUGUAUUCAAAUGACGUCAUUUGAUC